CGGGGCGCGAAAAUGUCAAAACAACCAGUAUUAGUAUAAACACGAUGGCCAUCGCGUUAUUUUGUACGACAUUUUUUUACAUUGUCUCGCAACUUUUCGCCUGCGAAGAAAAUACUUUUUCGAAUACAAACGUUACUUUAGUGGGUGCCAAAGAUGUAAAAUCGAUUAGUGGUUGUUUUUCGCCUAUCGAAGAGCUAAUUAAAGUGUCCUACAUACAAAUUUUAAACGAAAACGUUCCUGUAUUAAAACGAGAUGCCAUCCAUGGACUACCAAAACUAGUGGACGUGAUUAUUGACAACAGCAACAUUACCGAGCUGGAAAGUGGUUGUUUUCUGAACCUACCCAAACUUUAUUUGAUCAAACUACGACACAACAACUUGAAAACCAUAAGAGAAGGAGUUUUCAAUAAACUACCAAUAAAAGAAUUGUGCCUAUCAAACAACAGCAUCGAAACUAUACAUCCAAAAGCCUUUAACGACAUUCCAAAUUUGAACAUUCUACAACUAGAUCAAAAUCGUAUCGGAUAUUGGUCAGGAGAAUGGUUUUUGGGUAGUCCAAAAAUCACCGUACUCAAUUUCGAACACAAUUGGAUUUCCAGCAUACCCACUGGAGCUCUACAAAACGUUAACGGACUCCACUACGAUUCCGAAGUUAAUUUGAACGUGUCCACUCACAUACAUUUGAACAACAACAAAAUUCGUUAUUUGAGCGACGGAGCGUUUAGCGGCAUCGAAGCUUUCGGUUGGUUGUUUUUGCACAAAAACGAACUGGAGGAAAUUAGCGAGGCCAGCUUGGGGUCACUGAAAAUGAUCGACUGGGUACGUUUGGAGCACAAUCAGCUCAGAUGCAUUCCGCGGAAACUUGUCGAUAUUUCACCGAAAGUUUUAUGGUACAUCUCCAAUAAUCCUUUAACGUCCGAGUGCAAAAAUUGGUACGAGAGUGUCAGAAAUGGAAUAAUUGAUUGAAAUUUUAGUUGUUUAAUUUAUUUAUUUUUUUAAAGAAUGUCCAUGAUACCAUGUUUGUUCUUUCUUAUUGCGGGAUGCAAAAUCAUCUUCAUUUUAUUUUUAUUUUGCAAAUGUAAUAGGUUUUAUCAGUAGUAUAUCAAUAAAAGUAUUAAAAAUAAAGACAUAAUUUACUUGAUGCAAUAUUAAAGUUUUUUUAGUAAAAUGU